CUAUUAAUCUGCAAAAAAAAUUGAAGAAAACAUUAUAGGCAUAUAAAAAAACAGUAGAUACAAGAUAAGAUAUGAACUAAAGUGUUAAGAGGUUUGUUGUGUAGUGGAUUUCAAAGUUAGCGAAAAGGUUUCACUAUAAGAAAGAGAACGCCUAUAUAUACAUAAGUUGUUGUGUUGUGGUUAACAACGUUCUUUAUUUCAAGUUUCUCACAUCAAUCAUUUUAGAAAAACCUAAUCUCUUAUGUUUACCAUUUUCUUUCAUCUCUUCUAAUUCUCUAUUUUAAAGCACAGAAAAAUCUAAACAGCAAUAUGGAAGAAGACACAUUCUCAUUGGGUGGGAAGAAGAGAAGAUUGAGUGUAGAUCAAGUCAAUACACUUGAGAUGAACUUCAAAGAAGAGAACAAGCUCGAGCAGGAGAGGAAAGUGAGGAUCGCGGACGAGACAGGGCUGCAUCCAAAACAAGUGGCCGUGUGGUUCCAAAACCGACGUGCCCGUUGGAAGACUAAGCAACUUGAACGAGACUAUUGCGUCCUUAAAGCUCAUUAUGACUCUCUCAAGCUUGAGUACAAUAAUCUUGAGCAUGAGACACAAGUUCUUACCUCAAAGCUUAAAGAGCUAAGAGCCAAAGUGAGAGAAGAAAAGAGAGAAGAGGAACAUACCAUGUCUCUUAAAGAACAGAAACGAGAAACCGAAGAGGAAAAUGAUAAGAUCUUUCAGAUGGUACCUACGUCUCACAACGGCUUAUGUUCUUCGACAACUUUAGGAUCGAUGGCUGAACCUUGCCAGUUCAGAAAUUAUCCGGAAAAAGAAAUAAUUAUGGUGAAACUAAAAGAACUCCGCAAUUUAAAUUAUGUUGAUUAUGCUUCUAAUCUCCAAUGGUAAAAUUAAUUACAUGAUCUAGUCUAUAUGUAAAUUAAGCUCUAAUUGAACAAUUUGUGAUAGGGUUUGGUAGAUGUAGACUAUUUACUGCUUUGCUCAAGUUCAUUAUUAGGUAUGAACGAUGACAAUAUGGUAAUAACGAAUUCUUGGAUUGUACAUGAAAUAAACUGAUAACAUCGUAUUUUUACUCGUUUUUACU